AUGAAUCUCAUGGAAGAUCUUAGUGACAUAUUGAAAUGGUCCCGGGACUGGUUGUUUCCUCUUAACAAGGACAAGUGUAACGCUCUUUAUCUAGGUGAUGUUAAAAAAGUUAACACAAUGUUAUUCCUUCUCAGUAAAGGCUUCUCCAAAGCUAGUCCUAUUCUGUAUGGUAAGUUGUAUAAAACGGUUGUGAACCCAUAUUGGAGUUCGCCAACACUAUAUGGGCGUCUGUUUUACCGAGAAAGACGUAUAAGAGGCGACUUAAUAACAACCUCAACUACCAACGGGCAUUGUCUGAAGUUGCCUAAAGAUAACUUCCUUACAACUCCCAGACAGUACUUUUUAGUCAGUAGAGUUUUUGCACUUUGGAAUUUGUUGCCUGAAAGCGUUAUUGAUUCGCAAUCAACAAAAGAGUUUAAAAUAAGUCUAGAGUCGAUGUCCAUACCUACCUUAAUAGAAGUUUUUAUUCUCCGCAUGACAUACGUGUCGUAUUCACAUUGCGGGCAAUUUUUCAGCACUAUGUGCAUUGUAGUGUUAGUGCUGUGGUUAGCUCGUCAGUUUAACAAAAAUAAAAAAUAUUACAAAAAUAUUCCAGGACCACUACCGCUCCCGAUUGUAGGUAAUGCGUUAGAAUUCGGUUCGACAACAAAACUAUUACACACCUUACACAAGUAUGAGAAAAAGUAUGGAGAAAUAUACAAAAUACAAAUCGGUCCAAUACGUAAUUUCGUAAUAGUAUCUGACUACAAAUUUGUUGAAUAUAUUUUGAGUAGUAUGAAACUGUUAACUAAAUCCCAGAGUUAUGAUUUCUUAAGACCUUGGUUAGGAACCGGUUUGCUGACUAGUGAUGGGACAAAAUGGAAAAAACAUAGGAAACUUUUAACGUGGGCGUUUCAUUUCCAAAUUUUAAAGGAGUCUAUUGGAGUAUUUGAAACAUGUAGUACAAAGUUAGUGGAAAAAUUACAAACAGAAACUGGAAAUACGGCUGUUGAUGUUUAUCACUACGUAACGUUAUGUACUUUGGACAUAAUUUGCGAAAGUACAAUGGGAGUGACCAUAAACGCUCAAGAUGAUGACCAGUCUGAAUAUGUCCAAAGCGUUAAAGCUAUGACACGCAUUAUUAUCGAAAGAGCUUUCUCUCCAUUGCAGAUGUACGAUUUCUUAUAUCCUUUGACCAGAAACUAUUACACACAAAGAAAAGCUUUGAACAUUUUACACGAUAAAUCUUACACUGUUAUUAAACAAAAAUUACAAAAGUUGCAAAAUAAAGAAGCCAGUGCGACCCAGGAUGAUGACUGUGAUAUUAAGAACCGAAAAUCUUUUUUGGAUAUACUUUUGAACGCACGAGUGGAUGGAAGACCUCUAACUCAGGAAGAAAUAAGAGAAGAAGUAGAUACUUUUAUGUUUGAAGGACACGACACUACAGCAUCAGCAAUAAGCUUUACAUUGUUUUGUUUAGCAAGUCAUGAAAGCAUCCAGGAAAAGGUAUUUAACGAACAACAGAAAAUAUUUAAUUGUAAACACGACUCUACUACUACGUAUGACGAUUUACAAAACAUGAAAUAUUUGGAGCUCGUCAUUAAAGAAAGUUUGAGAUUGUAUCCAUCGGUGCCUGUGUAUUCCAGAAACCUAUGUGACGAAUUAAAAUAUGAUGGUACUACCUUUCCUAGAGGAGUCACAUUGUUAAUAUUUGCCUACGGCAUUCACAGGAAUUCCAAGUAUUUUAAAAACCCUGAAAUGUUUAAUCCUGACAGAUUUGCGGAUAUUGAUGGAAAAUUGCCUUAUGCCUAUAUACCAUUUAGUGCAGGACCUAGGAACUGUAUUGGUCAAAAGUUCGCGAUGUUGGAAAUGAAAUGCACCAUUUCGAAAAUCCUUCGGAAAUUUAAGUUAAAGCCUGCCACUCCACGACACACUUUGGUGUUGGCCGCAGAGUCAGUGUUGAAGUCAGCAAAUGGUGUAAAAAUAAGUUUAGAUUUAAGGCAGUGAAUAUUUUUAAUAUUAAAGUACCGAGUGUUUAUUAAUGAUUGAAGUA